CCAGGAGUUCGAGGCGGGCUGUUGCCGGGGGGAGGGGAGUGGCGGCGGCGGCGGGCGGCUCCCGCCUCAGCUUCGGCAGUGGCGUCGGCGACGGCGGUGUCGAGGCAGCACGCAGCGCUCGGCUGAGUGUGAGCCGGCAGCGACGGCGCUAGAGCGGGGAGCUGGGGACGCGCGCGCCGGACCUUCCACAGCCGCCGCCCAGAGCCCGAGGCGCCGGGGCCAGGGGAGCGGGGGGACGGGCGGGCGAGCGGGCCGGGGGGAGGGUGGGGGAUGGCGCGGACCCCGCGGCCGGCCUUGCUGUGUCCCGGAGGCGGCAGAACACAACUUUCCCCCGCGUCCCUCCUCGGAGCCGGGCUCCUGCCGCAGCCCCCGACGCCGCCUCCGCUGCUGCUGCUGCUCUUCCCGCUGCUGCUCUUCUCCCGGCUCUGUGGGGCCUUAGCUGGACCAAUUAUCGUGGAGCCACAUGUCACAGCAGUAUGGGGAAAGAAUGUUUCAUUGAAGUGUUUAAUUGAAGUAAAUGAAACCAUAACACAAAUUUCAUGGGAGAAGAUACAUGGCAAAAGUUCACAGACUGUUGCAGUUCAUCAUCCUCAGUAUGGAUUCUCUGUUCAAGGAGAAUAUCAGGGAAGAGUCUUGUUUAAAAACUAUUCUCUUAAUGAUGCAACCAUUACUCUACAUAACAUAGGAUUCUCUGAUUCUGGAAAAUACAUCUGCAAAGCUGUUACAUUCCCGCUUGGAAAUGCCCAGUCCUCUACAACUGUAACUGUGUUAGUUGAACCUACUGUGAGCCUGAUAAAAGGGCCAGAUUCUUUAAUUGAUGGAGGAAAUGAAACAGUAGCAGCCAUUUGUAUCGCAGCCACUGGAAAACCCGUUGCACAUAUUGACUGGGAAGGUGAUCUUGGUGAAAUGGAAUCCACUACAACUUCGUUUCCAAAUGAAACAGCAACAAUUGUCAGCCAGUACAAGCUAUUUCCAACCAGAUUUGCUAGAGGAAGACGAAUUACUUGUGUUGUAAAACAUCCAGCCUUGGAAAAGGACAUCCGAUACUCUUUCAUAUUAGACAUACAGUAUGCUCCUGAAGUUUCAGUGACAGGUUAUGAUGGAAAUUGGUUUGUAGGAAGAAAAGGUGUUAAUCUCAAAUGUAAUGCUGAUGCAAAUCCACCACCAUUCAAAUCUGUGUGGAGCAGGUUGGAUGGACAAUGGCCUGACGGUUUAUUAGCUUCAGACAAUACUCUUCAUUUUGUUCAUCCAUUGACUUUCAAUUAUUCUGGUGUUUAUAUCUGUAAAGUGACCAAUUCCCUUGGUCAAAGAAGUGACCAAAAAGUCAUCUACAUUUCAGAUGUUCCAUUUAAGCAGACCUCUUCCAUAGCUGUAGCUGGAGCGGUAAUUGGAGCUGUUCUUGCUCUUUUCAUCAUUGCUAUCUUUGUGACUGUGCUGCUGACUCCUCGAAAAAAGAGACCAUCCUAUCUUGACAAAAUGAUUGACCUUCCACCCACACAUAAACCACCUCCUGUGUAUGAAGAACGAUCCCCACCUUUGCCUCAGAAAGACCUAUGUCAGCCUGAACACUUGCCUUUGCAGACUGAGUUCAAAGAGAGAGAAGUUGGCAGUCUUCAGCACUCUAAUGUACUAAAUAGCAGGAGUUUUGACUAUGAAGACGAGAAUCCAGUUGGGGAAGAUGGCAGUCAGCAGACGUACCGUCUUUACAAUCAGAUGUGCUACCAAGACCGGAGCCCUGGCAAACAUCAUCAAAACGAUGCUAAGAGAAUCUACAUCAACCCACAGGAACAUUAUGUGUGAUUUUCCUCUUUUUCCAAGGAGCAUUCUAACAAAUGUUUAUUCUUAGAUUGGGGAGAGAAACUGAGGCCAAUAGUUAUUUAAUUGUCUCUCAUAUAGAACAGUCCCACUCCAAGGGUAUUGGAAGUCUUAAUGAAUGACGCAAAGCCAAUAGCGAAUUUCUUGUCUUCAUUAAGGGUUUCUUAGCCACCAGCUGUGUUUGUGAACUUGACUACAGCCCUGUGUGUUUCUGUGCCGAUGGUGUUUAACUACUGACAUUUGCCCUGCAAUGGCAUUUUCAUUUAACAGUACAGCAUCUGCCUGUGAUAACUGCCGAGAUUCUCCAGAGAGAAAGGCCCCAGCUGGUACUGUUAACUUCGUUGGGUCUCAGGCAUGCUAGCCUGUUCAUCUGUAAUUCACACGGGCGUGAAAGUGAGUUCAGAAUCUGUUUCACUAAUAAUUUAGCUGGGAUUUGGAUUUCCCUGACAUAUUUAAUACAAUUACAAUACCUGAGGAAAGAGGCGAAGUUUGUUCUUCAUCCAAAUAGCAACAAAAGCAACAAAAGGCAGUUGAAAACUUUGAGCCCACUGGUUGUUAUUAUGAUACAUGUUCCUUGUUGACCACUGAUUCCCUGAGGGAUACAUACCUCUUGCUGUUACCUGCCUACUCUUGACUCCCUGUGUGUAACAAACGUUCUUCUUUUGCUUUGUCAUUCUUCCUACAGUCCUCUUCUUUGCUAGCUAGAUUAGCCUAUUUUGCACCUAUUAAAUUCUAAAAACCUUGUUUAAAUGGUGUGCAGCUUUUAACCUUGUUCUUCUUUCUCUAGUAUUUUACAUGACAGGCUCAGCUUUCACUUCUGAAAUUUCUUUCAAACCAAUACCAGCGACAGUCUUUACCUCCCCUUCUGCAUUCUUCAGACCACUUAUAAUCCAUGUUUUAUCUACCUCAGAAAAGCCUGCUGGAAAGUCACCAUGAAAUAACUUCUGCUCUUAAAAGCAGGUGAAAAUUUUGAAAACUUAAAAGGCACUUCAAUAUGGUAUGUUUGUUAAAUCCCCAUGUUCUUUAUCCCUUCUCCUGCUUUACCUGGUCACCAAGAGUCACGAGGUGCUAAAAAGUAAAUACAGUGACUUAUCUACCAUGGUACCCCGUAACGCUGUAGUGCCUAUAAAUGUCUGUCUUGAGUUUUCUCAUCUCCCUUUGCCAACUUUCCUUCUCUGAGAUUGACAGUAGUAAUUACAGAGGUAAUUAUAGAGCAGAGGUGGAGGGAACACAGUUUCACAUGAAUGUCCAUCGCUUCCCUCACAUCUUAAGAAAAGCAUCUUACUCUGUGUUCUGGAAGAUUAGAGGUGUGUCAGAGACACAGAAAAUGCUACAAACUCUGCAUAUGUGAGGAAAGAGUGAUGUAAGCAAUAAAAUAAAUAAAGUAGUGUAUAUUUGCAGCCUAAAUUUCCAGGGCAGAGGAGAAUGUUAGCAGAGAUUUCUAAUGAGAUGCCAAAGACACUAACGACUUACGUUGUGCCGGCUCUAGUUCUUUGUGUGUUUCUUUUUUUAGUCGCCAUGCUUUAUCAAAUUAUCUAGGUAGUUUUACAGCAGAAAUAUUUUCUCCCCCAUUUACCUGAGUGACCAACAACUAUGGGAGAAAGGAUGCUUAAAUUCCAACUCAAUGCUUUAGCUAGGUAAUUAGCAAUGUUAAAGUCUAUAGCUGGAAGGAUCAAAGGGUGAAUUCCAAGGAUGCUCAUUGCUACUGUGCUACCUCAGAGUAGGAGUUUACUGCCCUUUGUAGCAAAGAAUAUAUUCAACUUUAUUAUUUGGAAGACCAACACUGAAUUAGUAUCAUAGAAGGUAUAGGAAUCUUGGCAAUUGUUUUCCAAUAGGAUGAUGGCUGUGAUCAGAGCUCUCCUUGACCAGGAAGUCUUUCACAGACACUGGAUGUUAUGGAGGCAGUAAGGUGGUGUACCAGUUCCUUUAGAAAGCUUUGAAAAUGUCAAUGCCAUACAUGUUGGGGAUAGUUUCCAGGAUCCUGCUGGGAAGUGAAUUGUUGAAUUCGGUCAGUUUCACAAAAGCAUACCAUAGACCCAGGGGAGUGGCUGUCUCUAUUUGCGUAAGAGAAAGGGAUUUGGAAACACUGGUUCUUAGGAGCCCUGUGGCCUGUCUUCAGCGCCCUCCUUAUCAUGAGGAACCUUCUGUCUACCUUUUAAAAUUCUCAGUGUAGUUAUGAAAAAGAAAUUUCAGGAUGUAGUGUCACCUCUCCUGCAGCCACUGAGUUCAAUGUCUUCUUAGCCUUUGCGUCACCUGUGAUACUUCUUUAACUAACUGGUAGAUCAUAUAGCUCUUGGCCCUUUACACAGGUCACGUAAGCUCUAUAACAGCUUAUCCUCGUACAUUCCAUCUGUUCUCUCUAAAAACUGGGCUAAAUAGAAAGCAGCUUUCAAACGGUUUGAUCAGCCAGCCCUCUCAACCGGAAGUUGCCAUCCAAAAUUAGCCUGUUGAUCUCUAAAUUUGGAGACUAGACUACUUGACAAUGCCAUUUGAAUUUGGAAAUUAGAUUCUGAAAGGUCAGUGAUUGAGGUUUAGGGUUGUAAUCCACAGCUGAUAUUAGAUCCUCUUCCCAUAACGCGUUUACUAAAACACUGUGAAACAUAAAUCCCCAGCGUGCUUAUCUACUUAUGGUUGCAGCUUUGCAUUUCUGGGUGGGGUGUGCAUGCUUACCUUUAACACACAGCAUUUAUUGCCUAGAUAGCCCAAGCUCCAGGAGUGUGCAUUGUUGCUACGGUAGCAGGUCACCAUGUUCUUUGCACACCACACUAAGAACAGAGCAUGCACACCACCUACGAUUGGCUUGAUGUAAUGGUAUAAGAAGUCCAUGUUCUUUGGGGCAUGUAAUAUAAAAUUCUUACUGGGCUAGGCUUCUGUGUACAUAAUAGAUACUUAAGAAAUAUGCUGAAAACUAAAUAAACAGGUUUCCCUAUUACUUUCCUAUGGCUUUGUUUACUUAUAGGGACAAGAUAGGUUCUUCAUCCUGUUAUUGCAAAUGAUUUCCUGGAACCCCUUUCACAGUAGUCUAAAAUUCACUAUUUGGUUUUCCAUUUAUCACUCUUUUCCUGCACUAUACUGGUUUUUGGUGCUAUUCUUUAUAUACAGUAGAGCUUUCUAUUAAGCCUCAUUCCCUGGAGUUUGGAAGGUAGACCAUUUACCAAGUAUCAAAAGAGCAGGUACUCCCAGCUUCACCUCUUUGUAGCCAUUGAAAUAGGCAAGUCACUUAACCUGCCUGGGGUAUCAUUUGCAACCUCUGAGAAUUGUGGUGAGAGCUGAAGAAGAUGAUAAUGGAUGGGAAAUUGGAGAAUUACAGUUUUCCUUCAAACUGACAAAUGUCUAUGACUCUUUUAUUGCUGCAUGUUGAACCUAAACGUCCAGGGUCCUCACCAGCAUUUAGAGUACUGUAGUUUCCCUAGUGAUUACCAAGUGGCAAAAUGAAAAUUUCACUUUGAUCAAAUUCACGUAUAGCCAAGUGCAAGUUAGAGAAGUUCCUUUUACUAUAACGAAUAAUUGCCAUGUGGAAAGCUCUUUAUCUGAAUUUUAGCUGCUUAGGCUUUAGCUAGAAUUGAAAAUGCAUUUUACUAUUACCAGUAUUUGCUCUUAUUUUAAAAGUUGCUACUAAUAACAAGUGACAUUAUGGAGUAUAUAGUAUGGAUUGGGUUCCGGGGCAAGUACCUUACAUGAAUGAUCUCAAGGAGUAGAACCAGACUCCUGUUUUGCCCUCUUCCCAGGAGCUCCCGUGGAGAUACACAGGCUCAUACUCCCCUGCGAUAUAAUCUUAGGGCAUGCUGAGCAGCACUUGGCUAUUACUUCUCCCAAAUCUGCUUUAGGGGUGUGGAGAAUAUAGUUUAAAUUAUUUUUAAAGCAGAGAUAUAAGAGAGUAUAUAGAAUAAAACCAUCAGAAAUGUUUAUUAAGAUGAAAGCAAGUACAUAUGCUCAUUUUUUUACUUAACCAUGGGUAAUCCAAAUGCUCAGAAUCUCAUAUUCAUUAGAUUACCCAUAGCUACAAAAACAGCCAACCAAAAUUACAAGCGCUUCAUCCCAGUUGGCUCAACUUUAGUGGGCACGAACCUCUCUAACAUCCCCCCUCAACUUGCUUCUUCAAUAUGCUCAUUGCUCUGUUUGUCUGUUUCACCUUUAUUGAACUCCCAGGAGUGGCAACACUAUGUUGGACAAGUGGAAAGAAGUCCGAAAGACAGAAGAAUAGAAAAGCAUCAAAUAGAAACGUCCCAGUCCCCACUUGUGGCUCAGCUCUGUGCUUCCCUUCUUCCUGUGUUUGGCUAAGGCCCUUCCUUCCUUCCUUCCUUCCUUCCUUCCUUCCUUCCUUCCUUCCUUCCUUCCUUCCUUCCUUCCUUCCUUCCUUCCUUCC